AACCAUUCUCAGUAGAGCAUUUCCUCUCUCUCUCUCUCUCAAAACUCCCACAAUGGAAAGUUCACUGUCGGCGUCGGCAUCGAUGGCGCAGAAGACGUGGGAGCUAGAGAACAACAUCGUGAGCAUGGAAUCACCUUCAUCCGCAGCAGAUGCGGACUACGAUUCCAUCUACGUCUACGACGAGGCUGCCCAAGCCAAGGUCCAGCAGGAGAAGCCGUGGAAUGCUGAGCCUCACUACUUCAAGCGCGUCAGGGUCUCUGCCCUCGCGCUACUCAAAAUGGUGGUCCACGCUCGCUCCGGCGGCACCAUCGAGGUCAUGGGCCUUAUGCAGGGAAAGACCGACGGUGACACCAUCAUCGUCAUGGACGCUUUUGCCCUCCCCGUUGAGGGCACCGAGACCCGCGUCAAUGCUCAGGCCGACGCCUACGAGUACAUGGUCGAUUACUCCCAGACUAAUAAGCAGGCUGGUAGGUUGGAGAAUGUGGUCGGGUGGUACCACUCCCAUCCUGGGUAUGGAUGCUGGCUUUCGGGAAUUGAUGUCUCGACGCAGAUGCUGAAUCAGCAGUUUCAAGAGCCAUUCUUGGCAAUUGUCAUAGACCCAACAAGGACUGUUUCAGCAGGGAAGGUUGAGAUUGGAGCUUUCAGGACAUAUCCCCAAGGUUAUAAGCCUCCGGAUGAGCCUGUAUCGGAGUAUCAGACAAUCCCUCUUAAUAAGAUUGAAGACUUUGGUGUUCACUGCAAACAGUAUUAUGCGUUGGAUAUCACCUACUUCAAAUCUUCUCUUGAUUGCCACCUGUUGGAUCUACUCUGGAACAAGUAUUGGGUUAAUACACUUUCUUCUUCGCCGCUGUUGGCAAAUAGAGACUAUGUUGCGGGGCAGAUUUCAGAUUUAGCGGAAAAGCUGGAGCAAGCGGAGAAUCAACUAGCUCAUUCACGCCUUGGAUCAUUUCUUGUACCCCCACAACGGAAGAAGGAGGAGGAAUCUCAGCUCGCAAAGAUCACUCGUGAUAGCUCGAAAAUAACUGUCGAGCAGGUGCACGGGCUCAUGUCUCAGGUCAUCAAGGACAUCCUUUUCAACUCUGUACACCAAUCCACAAGGGCCCGCUCAAUCACAACGGAGUCAUCAAGCCCUGAACCCAUGGUUGAAACCUGAUUCGGUGGGGCACUAACAGUGAUAGCCUUUUUUUUUUCUUUUUUUUUCUUUUUCUUUCUUCUUUGACGAUUUCACCACAGUCAGCAGACUUUUGGAACUCUGAAAUGAGAUUACCAGAUUUCUGUUCA